AUGAGGAGCAUGCUCAUAGCAGCAUGGCAGCCUGCUGCCCCCGUCCUCCAUAAGAGUACUUCUAUCGCCACGGGACAGCUUUCGUUGAGGUGUCGAUGGAGACGGCAAGAGACAAACAGCAGGAGUCAUCGUGACUCACGAUGGUCACUAUACUCGUCGCUAUUAGCGCUCGACGGCAGCACCAGCGGUCAUCAGCCUCCUGCCCCUGAUCCUGCAUGUCGAGAACCCUAUCAAAGCGUCAUCGCUGGCAGCUUGAACUCUCGACGAAGGAACAGUGGUGCUCUUUCAGCCAUGAUAGCGGAGGAUUCGAACACUGCAGAUUGCAAUACAAACAUGAAACAGGACCUAGCGGCGCUACUGGACGUCCUGCAGUUGAAGGAACGCGACGUUCUGCCGGAGCUGAGCAAGAAAAGCAGAGCGCUACUAGGCCUCGGAGGGGAGGAGGCACUACAAGAUAGCGACACCGCGCGAGCGGUGGGUGACAAUGUGCAACGCAGCGGCACCGACGGUUACGGGAGAAGAUCGAGCGCCCCCUGGGUGAUGCUUGACCGGAAAGGGGUGGGCAUGAAGGCCGACGAAGUCGCCGCCGUGGUGCGGUCCUACCCCCUGCUGCUAACGGUGGGCGCGGGCCAGGCCCGAUCGGUGGUGAACUGGCUGACGAGACGGGCGGGACUCUCUUCGAAGCAGCUGGUGAGAGUGCUCAAGAGCCAUCCCGCGAUCCUCCGGUACGACGUGGAAAGACGGCUCGAACCGCACGCCGUGUGGCUGGAGGAGGAAGGUCUGACCAACGCCGGCGUCGCGAAGGUCAUCUCCAAGCUUCCCCAGAUGCUGGGCCUGAACAUCGAGUCUAACCUAGCCCCAAAGACGACUUGGCUGAAGGAGUACAUGGGGUUCUCCAAGAUCGGGGUUUCGAGUGUCCUCAAGGCGUUUCCGGCGGUGCUGGCGCUCAACGUGGAGAAUCUGGAAGGGAAGGCCGCGUGGUUGGAGCAGCGGCUUAACGUGGACCGCGCGGCGGUGUCGAAGGUUCUGAAGCUGAACCCGUCCCUCUUCGGGUCCAGCAUCAAGAACUCCCUGCGGCCGAAGCUGGAGUGGCUGGGGGAAGGGCUGGGGCUCGAGGAGGCCGACAUCGCCAUCGUCGUCCGAGCUUGCCCGAACGUCCUCAGCUACAGCGUGGAAGAUAACCUGGAGCCGAAGAUGCAGUGGCUGCAAGAACGGAUGCACCUGGACAAAGAAGGUGUCGCCGCGAUGGUGCGAACUUUCCCGUCGAUCCUGGGGCUUAGCCCGGAGAAGAACAUCGAGCCCAAGCUGACCUGGCUGAGGGAGAACCUCGGGCUUACCGAGGAGCUGGUGCUAAUUCUUGUCAAGAGGCUGGAUGCAAGAGAGCCAGCCGCACCUGCCCGCUGCGGGCUUGCUGCCAACGCACCAAAGCAGGCAGCGAGGGGGAGGUUGCGUGGGACGCAUCCUAUAUAG